UUCACAUUAUUUGUGUGGUUUGUUAGUAAAUGAAUACAGUAUGCAUGCGAGGCAGAUUCUUAAGCCUUCAAACAAGGCCAAGUAUAGUUCAAAGAAAUAGCAAAAAGAGCUGUGAGAAUGGAGGGUCUGAGGAAGAAGUGCUUCUUGUUGAUGGUGUUUAUGGCAACCAUGUUGUUGGCAGAUUGCAGAAAACCUGUACUCCACAGGGUUGGCGGAGGGAAGUAUUCCUGGGCACCAAAUUUUAACUUCUCUGAGUGGGCUAGUCAUGAAGAAUUUUACGUUGGUGAUUGGCUCUAUUUCGGAUUCGACAAGCAGCGAUACAAUGUUCUGGAGGUGAACAAGACUGGCUACGACAAGUGCAUCGACACUAAUUUCGUCAUGAACAUAACAAGGGGAGGGAGGGAUGUCUUUAACCUGACAGAACCAAAACCCUACUACUUCAUCAGCGGCGGAGGCUACUGCUUCAAGGGGAUGAAGCUUGCAAUCACUGCAAAGGACAGCCCACCGGCUUCACCAAUUGUGAUCGCUAGCGGUUCUCCAACAGCCACCUGCUGCAUACAAAUUACCCUGCUAACUAUGUUUGCCUUAACAUUGGCCAGCAAAAUCCUCUUCAACAAGUUUAUUUAAAGAGACAAUCUUCCGCUAGGGAGCUGCUCUUUUUCCUUUAUAUAUGAAGUAGUACUAAUAGUGGUGUGAGAAUAAGGGAAUAUCAUUUGCAGUUGUAAUAAUAAUAUAACAACUCUAGUAUAUCUACAAGUUACUUUAUAAUUUUCA